AUGCUUCUCCACAACGAGCUUGCACUAAUAUUCACCAACAGCGAGCCCGUCCUGAAAGCCGUGAGCAAGCUCGCUCUCCUUUUGGCCUUCACCGUUCUCUUCAACAGCGUUCAACCUAUUCUUUCCGGGGUUGCUGUCGGGUCGGGAUGGCAGUCGUAUGUGGCGUAUAUAAAUUUGGGAUGUUACUAUCUGGUUGGCCUACCGGUUGGAUUCGUCAUGGGGUGGGUUUUCGACACGGGAGUCAUGGAAACUGGUCUCCAGACUUUGAUAUUGGCUAUCUUAACAAUCCGAUGUGAUUGGGAGAAAGAGGCGCUGAUAGCGAGCAGGCGUGUGAGGAAGUGGGCUAACAUGGCCGAGGCCCAGCCCAAAUUGGAGGCCUGA